UGGCGCGCGUGGGCCAGGGCUUCAGUGCUUGCUGAGUACCGGAGCGUCUGGCGUCUCUCUACCUCCUCAUCAUGGGUGACUUGGAUUCUUCGAGCUCCAGCGCCUAUCCGAAGUACCUGGAGCACCUCUCUGGGGAUGGCAAAGCUAUCGGUGUCCUGACCAGCGGCGGGGAUGCCCAAGGCAUGAAUGCUGCUGUCCGUGCUGUGGUGCGCAUGGGAAUCUACACGGGGGCCAAAGUGUACUUUAUAUAUGAGGGUUACCAAGGCUUGGUGGACGGAGGCUCCAAUAUCGUGGAAGCCAAAUGGGACUGUGUCUCCAGCAUCCUGCAAGUGGGUGGGACCAUCAUCGGUAGUGCGCGUUGCCAAGCCUUUCGCAGCCGUGAAGGGCGCCUGAAAGCUGCCUGUAACUUGGCGCGCUUGGGCAUAACCAAUCUGUGCGUGAUCGGCGGGGACGGAAGUCUCACAGGAGCCAACCUCUUCCGGAAGGAGUGGAACGGACUUCUGGAAGAGCUGGCUCAGAAUGGUGACAUCGAUAAAGACACAGUGCAGAAGCACUCCUACCUCAACGUGGUGGGCAUGGUGGGCUCCAUUGACAAUGACUUCUGUGGCACCGACAUGACCAUUGGUACCGAUUCAGCUCUGCACCGAAUUAUUGAAGUUGUUGAUGCCAUCAUGACCACUGCUCAGAGCCACCAGAGGACCUUCGUCCUGGAGGUGAUGGGGAGACACUGUGGUUACUUGGCCUUGGUGAGCGCCUUGGCUUGCGGUGCCGAUUGGGUGUUCCUUCCAGAGUCCCCACCAGAGGAAGAUUGGGAGGAGAAAAUGUGCUUCAAACUCUCAGAGAACCGGGCCCGAAAAAAGAGGCUGAAUAUCAUCAUUGUGUCCGAAGGAGCAAUCGACAUGCAAAAUAAGCCAAUCACCUCUGAGAAAAUCAAGGAGCUUGUAGUGAAGAAUUUGGGCUUUGACACCCGGGUCACCAUCCUUGGGCAUGUCCAACGAGGAGGGACCCCAUCUGCAUUUGACAGGAUUCUGGCCAGCCGUAUGGGAGUGGAGGCAGUCAUUGCCUUGCUGGAAGCUACUCCCGAGACCCCAGCCUGUGUCGUGACACUAAGAGGAAACCAAGCCGUGCGCCUGCCUCUGAUGGAGUGCGUGCAAAUGACCCAGGAUGUACAGAAGGCAAUGGAUGAAAGGAGAUUUAAGGAAGCCGUAAAACUCCGAGGAAGGAGUUUUGAGGGAAACCUGAACACCUAUAAGCGUCUUGCCAUAAAGCUGCCUGAUGAGAAGAUUGUCAAGAGCAACUGCAAUGUAGCCAUCAUCAACGUAGGGGCACCUGCCGCCGGAAUGAAUGCAGCCGUGCGCUCUGCUGUUCGAGUCGGGAUUGCAGAAGGCCACAAGAUGUUUGCGAUCUAUGACGGCUUUGAAGGGUUCGCCAAUGGCCAAAUCAAAGAAAUCGGCUGGGCAGAUGUCGGAGGUUGGACGGGACAAGGAGGGUCCAUUCUUGGGACGAAACGCACCCUGCCUGGAAAGUACUUGGAGAAGAUUGCCGAACAGAUGCAUUCCCACAGUAUCAAUGCCCUUCUGAUCAUUGGAGGAUUUGAGGGUUUUCACGGUGCCAUCAUGCUAUCUGAGGCUCGAAACAACCACGAGGAGUUUUGUAUCCCAAUAUGUGUUUUGCCUGCCACUAUUAGCAACGGUAUCCCUGGCUCAGACAUCAGUAUCGGUUCUGAUACUGGCCUGAAUGUGGUUAUCGAGACGUGUGACCGCAUUAAACAGUCGGCCAGUGGGACCAAGCGCCGGGUGUUCAUCAUUGAGACCAUGGGUGGAUACUGUGGCUACCUGGCCAACAUGGGAGGACUUGCAGCGGGAGCUGAUGCUGCCUACAUCUUUGAAGAGCCGUUUGAUAUCCGAGACUUGCAGUCCAACGUCAUGCACUUGACAGAGAAAAUGAAGACCAGCAUCCAGAGGGGCCUUGUACUCAGAAACGAAAGCUGCAGUGUAAAUUACACCACUGACUUCAUCUACCAGCUCUACUCAGAGGAGGGCAAGGGAGUGUUUGACUGCAGGAAAAACGUGCUGGGCCAUAUGCAGCAGGGGGGAGCACCUUCUCCAUUCGAUAGAAACUUUGGAACCAAAAUUUCUGCCAAAGCAAUGGAGUGGAUCUCGGCCAAACUGAAGGGGUCCCAGGGCACAGGGAAAAAGUUUGUUAGCGAUGAUUCCAUUUGUGUCCUGGGAAUUUGCAAGAGAGAUCUCCUGUUUCAACCAGUGACAGAGCUGAAGAAAGACACCGACUUUGAGCACAGAAUCCCCAAGGUGCAGUGGUGGCUGAAACUGCGGCCCAUCAUGAAGAUCUUGGCCAAGUAUGAGGCGAGCUAUGACAUGUCCGAUGCAGGCAAGCUGGAGCCCUUGCAUCAGCACCACCAUGGAGAACUAUGAGCCAUCUCAUCAAGUAUGCCAUCACCUGACCUGUAAUGUUCUCCAGGGACCAUCCUUUUUUGUAACAUAGUUAUUUAUCAGCACUUUAUGGAAGCAAGCGUUGUUGACUGAGUCAGCAGUAAUAAUCAGAGAACACCACUUGCCAUAACCAUUGACGCAGCAGCCCCUAAGACAUGAAACCCAGCCUCACGCUAUUGAUCAAGUGUCGGUUUUCUACUGUAUGGGAUGCCGUCUUGUGCUUUACCAUGUGUAUGUCUUGUGGGAUUAAACAUUUGGUUACAACUCC